UUUAAUUCCAUCAAUUCUGAACAUAUAUUUGACGAAAGUGAUCUUAACAUGUAUUUGCAUGCUUUGACCUAGAAUCAUCCCAGAAGUUCCAGAAGUGAGUUUGAAUAUAUCAUUUGGUCAACACAAGCUCUUAAAACACACACUAUAUUUAUUGGCACAUUGAAAUGGUUACCAUUACCUUGAAAUUCCUGGUGCGUACUUCGGAAGUAUGUCAAGUAGGGUGUCAUUAAGACAGAAAUUGAUAGGUCAUUUGGAGGAUGCUGAUUCGAUCCUAAGAGACAUACUCACAACAGCUUCACGGAAAAAGGGGUCGGUUAUCCUACUCCCCCUCAUUGAAUUGUUGCUGGAAAAAGAUCAGCAACUAAAAGAAAUAUACAAAGAAAUGGAGGUAUAUAACGAUAUACAGAAAAAGAUUGAUCUCCUUAGAGCAGACUGUUCGAAAUCUGAUAAACAAAUCCAAGCAUGUCAACUACAGUUGAAAAAAACUGAGGUUAUCCUGAGUACUGCAUUAUAUUAUUCUAGGCAGAAGUUGGACUCAAUGACUACUGCCGUUAAGAAUCCUAUUGAUCUGGAGGAGCUUGUCAGAUUUUCCCACAGAAUAAGUGCGACUCAUGGCGUAAUAGCUCCAGAUAACUGGACGCAAGGAGAUCCUAGGCGGCCUUACCCUAACAAGGAAGAAAUUAGACGGGGAUAUUUAGGACAUAUCGAUGAUUCAGGGAACUUUCGCCAGUCGCUUUGGGAAGCUUUUUCGGAUACUGCCGCUGCUGCCGCAUCAAUAACUGUCUCUUCCACACCAUCUGUUUCCAGUAGUUCCGGCCCGAACAGUUUUCCAAACCAGAAUGUUGGCGCCUCGCAGAACCCUACAUACCAUUCCAGCCAACCACAACCUACAAGUUUCUCACUAGUUACUUGUUCUCCAAAUAUGGUUUUACCGGAGUCAACAUGGUUUCCUCACCAAUAUCUGUCUCACAGUCUACUGCUUCCGCUGCAUGGGCCGCACCAAAUACCAGUCUCAUUGCAGGGAACUCAACCACUUCGGAGCUCACUAGUCCUCAAGCAUCAAUCUCUCGUCCGCCCUCAACUUCAUUAGCUGCUAUGCUGACAGGCGCAAAUAUGAUGGAUCCUCACUCUCGGAGCAUGACACUCCCUCCACCCCCACUUAAACCUGUAGGUAGUCAGAUCCAGGUAAGCCAGCCUACGUCUUUCCGGCCAAAUGGCGCUUUGCCUCGGCAACCCAGCACCGGAGUUCGACAAGCACUUCCUUCAUCGCCGACUUCGUCUGGAUCACAGCAGAUACAAUACUCAUAUAGUGAUACACAUUCCAGUCUUACACCGAGUAACAAACCAUCUAGAGCACAUUCUAAACCUGCACAACGGAAACAUACAGGCACAGAGUAUGGAGAGAUGUCAUCCAAUUCUUCUAGCGAUUCUUCUAGUGGUGAGGAGUGAUUUUAUUUAAUUGCAUUGCCUUUGUAAAAACGCAAAUAAAGCAAAUGCUUCUCUAUUUUUAUGAAUGAAAUGAAUUGUAUAGCCUAUUCGACUUGUGGAAAGAUUAAAAUUUUUGUAGAUAGCAGAAUCAAUCGUUUUAGAUGCUCUCUACUGCUGUUGGAGUCAUUAAGUAGAACCCUUUUAUCCUUUAACGUAAAGGUAAAUAAUUUUAAUUUCUAAGAUUUAUUGAUCAAGCAAUAUUCACCUCGGACAAAGUCCAAAAAGUUAGACACUUUUAAGAAGUAACUUCAGAGUUUAUAGUGAGAAACUCCUUCUGUGUGAACGGCAGUAACUUGCCGAAAUGAGUGAAAAAAAG